AAAAACGUGCAAGAGAAAAGUAAAUAUUGUGACAAUAAAACAUAUUUGAAAUGGAAAAUUUGAAUGUACAGAAGAAUUAAUUAAUAAGUAUAGUAGCCGGUAAGCCAUUUCCACCAACCACCAAUCCUCAUAUUCACACAGAUCUAUUCAUUGCAUCUAUAAAUAACAAGAAGAGACUUCCUCACAUUUCGCGCUUUGCCCUCUUCCACUUCUUCAUUCUCUCUCUCACUAACCGUAAGGUUAAUUAAAUUAAAUAAUUAAAUUUUAAAAAAGAGAAAAAUAUGAAGGUGAUAGACAAAAUUCGAGCAGCUUCAGCUGAUCGAAACAGAGUGGUUUUUUCGUUUGAGUUUUUCCCACCGAAAACUGAAGAUGGUGUCGAUAAUUUGUUUGAGAGAAUGGAUCGUAUGGUUGCACACAAUCCUUCAUUUUGUGAUAUUACUUGGGGUGCUGGAGGAACAACUGCUGAUCUGACAUUGGAAAUUGCGAACAAGAUGCAGAAUAUUAUUUGUGUUGAAACUAUGAUGCAUCUUACUUGCACUAAUAUGCCUGUGGAUAAGAUUGAUCAUGCUCUUGAGACUAUUAAGUCUAAUGGUAUUCAGAAUGUGCUUGCUCUUCGUGGUGAUCCGCCUCACGGUCAGGAGAAAUUCGUUCAGGCAGAAGGUGGAUUUGCCUGUGCUCGCGAUUUGGUAGAACAUAUCAGAAGCAAAUAUGGUGACUACUUUGGCAUUACCAUUGCUGGCUAUCCAGAGGCACAUCCCGAUGUUAUAGGAAGUGAUGGGCUGGCUCCAGUGGAAGGUUAUCAAAAUGAUCUUGCUUACUUGAAGAGCAAGGUUGAUGCUGGAGCAGAUUUGAUUGUCACCCAGUUAUUUUAUGAUACUGAUAUAUUCCUCAAAUUUGUGAGCGAUUGUCGCCAAAUUGGGAUAACCUGUCCCAUUGUGCCUGGAAUUAUGCCCAUUAACAAUUACAAGGGAUUUAUCCGCAUGACUGGUUUUUGUAAAACAAAGAUACCUGCUGAGAUAAUGGCUGCUUUAGAGCCUAUCAAGGACAAUGAAGAAGCUGUCAAGGCUUAUGGAAUACACCUGGGAACUGAAAUGUGCAAAAAGAUUAUGGCUCAUGGAAUUAAGACAGUGCACCUUUAUACGCUAAAUAUGGAGAAAUCUGCAUUGGCGAUACUAACGAGCCUUGGCUUAAUUGAAGAGUCCAAAAUUUCUAGAUCUUUACCUUGGAGACGCCCUACAAAUGUUUUCCGUGUUAAAGAAGAUGUCCGCCCAAUCUUUUGGGCAAAUCGUCCAAAAAGCUACAUAUCAAGGACCAUUGGAUGGGAUCAAUACCCACAUGGGCGUUGGAGUGAUUCCGGUAACCCAUCAUAUGGUGCAUUAACUGAUUAUCAGUUCAUGCGACCACGUGCACGGGACAAGAAGCUUAUUGAAGAAUGGGCAGUUCCCUUGAGAAGCGUUGAAGAUAUUUAUGAGAGAUUCAGACUGUUUUGCCUGGGAAAGUUGAGAACCAAUCCUUGGUCCGAACUUGAUGGUCUUCAGCCAGAGUCAAAGAUCAUUAAUGAGCAGCUGGAGAAGAUAAACACGAAGGGUUUCCUCACCAUUAAUAGCCAGCCAGCAGUCAAUGGGGAAAAGUCAGAUUGUCCUACUGUAGGCUGGGGUGGACCUAAUGGCUAUGUUUAUCAGAAGGCAUACUUAGAGUUCUUCUGCUCUAAGGAAAAGCUGGAUGCACUUGUUGAGAAAUCCAAGGCCCGACCAUCCCUAACUUAUAUGGCUGUGAAUAAAGAAGGGAUUGCGAAAUCUAAUGUGGGCCCAACCGAUGUGAAUGCUGUAACAUGGGGUGUCUUCCCAGCUAAGGAGAUAAUACAACCAACCAUUGUAGAUCCUGUCAGCUUCAAUGUAUGGAAGGAUGAGGCAUUUGAAAUUUGGUCUAGAGCAUGGGCAAGCUUAUACCCUGAGGCUGAUGCAUCCAGGAAAUUGGUUGAACAGGUGGGUGGUAGCUACUUCUUGGUCAGCUUGGUGGACAAUGAUUACAUCAAUGGUGAUCUUUUUGGUGUGUUUGGUGAUAUCUGAUUCGAGCUUCUUAAUAAUAUAUUAGUUCUAUAAAGAAGCCAUUUCUGUUGCUCGUCAAGUUUUUUCCUUUCUUUUCUUUUUUCCCAUUAAUUAUUAUUCACAUUAUACAUACUAUUAUUCUAUGUUGGAGUGGCAAAUUAAUUGUCUGGAAUAUAUGGCAAACAUCUUAAUUUUGUCAUGUUUCAGAGUCUCAUGAGUAAUCUGUAAUUUCAUCAAAUCACCUGUAUGUUGAUUUUUGAAAACAAGUUGCUCAUUCCUAUGAAUUUGAUGGUUGUAUGAGAUUGAAUUUUAUAUU